ACAGCUCCGGGACGGACGGAUGGACGGACGGACAGACGGCUUUAAAGCAGAAAGCACUAAAGCCUGAGGUCUCCUCCUCCUCCUCCUCUUCCUCCCCUUGUUUCUCCUCCUCCUCCUCUUCCUCCUCCUUUCCCCGGUUUAUUCCUCAGCGAUUUUUCACGAGGAUCCGCAGCCGCUAACGCAGAGAGUUUUUCGGUAAGGGGACUUUACUCGAGACCGAGGCCCCCGUUCCCCUCCUCUUCCUCCCCCCGUUCCCCUUUCCUGCUUUAGACCCCCGGUGUAUUUGACCCUUUUUUACGGAUUGAUUCGGAGGGUUUGUGAGGUCCGGACGAGGCCGCGGGCUUGAGCGCAGGAGUGGGGAUGACUUUAGAGUCUAUGAUGGCUUGCUGCCUGAGCGAAGAGGCGAAAGAGUCGAAACGGAUCAACGCCGAAAUCGAUAAGCAGCUGCGCCGAGACAAGCGGGACGCGAGGCGGGAGUUAAAGCUUCUCCUUCUGGGUACGGGAGAAAGCGGCAAGAGCACGUUCAUCAAACAGAUGCGCAUCAUUCAUGGCACCGGCUACACGGAGGAAGACAAGCGCGGCUUCACCAAGCUGGUCUACCAGAACAUCUACACGUCUAUGCAGUCCAUGAUCCGUGCCACGGAGACACUCAAAAUCCCCUACAAGUACGAUCAGAACAAGGCCAAUGCCAUGCUGGUGAAGGAGGUGGACAUCGAGAAGGUCUCCUCGUUUGAACAGCCCUACAUUAACGCCAUUAAGAUGCUGUGGUCGGAUCCAGGCAUCCAGGAGGCUUACGACCGGCGCAGAGAGUACCAGCUCUCUGAUUCUACUAAAUACUAUCUGACCGAUCUGGACCGUAUUGCUGAGCCAUCAUAUCUGCCCACCCAGCAGGACGUGCUCAGGGUCCGAAUCCCAACCACGGGCAUCAUCGAGUACCCUUUUGACUUGCAAAGCAUUAUUUUCAGAAUGGUGGAUGUUGGUGGGCAGAGGUCAGAGCGCAGGAAGUGGAUCCACUGCUUCGAGAACGUCACGUCCAUCAUGUUCCUGGUGGCGCUGAGCGAGUACGACCAGGUGUUGGUGGAGUCCGACAACGAGAAUCGUAUGGAGGAGAGUAAAGCGCUUUUCAGGACGAUAAUCACAUAUCCGUGGUUUCAGAACUCCUCAGUCAUCCUCUUCCUCAAUAAGAAGGACCUCCUGGAGGAGAAGAUCUCCUACUCCCACCUGGUCGACUACUUCCCAGAGUUUGAUGGGCCUCAGCGGGACGCACAAGCGGCACGGGAGUUCAUCCUGAAGAUGUUUGUGGAUCUGAACCCCGACAGCGACAAGAUCAUCUACUCGCACUUCACCUGCGCCACGGACACGGAGAACAUCCGCUUCGUCUUCGCCGCCGUAAAGGACACCAUCCUGCAGCUUAACCUCAAAGAGUACAACCUGGUGUAGGCUGCCAUCUCCGGGGACUACUCUCACACUGCAGCACAGAACAGACACACACACAACACAACACAACACACUCGAUUACCCACGGUCCACUCGGUUUUCCAGCCUCCUGUUUUUUGUUUUUGUUUGAGGGUGUUCCAGACCUUACCUGCUUUUAUAUCUUCUGUCUGUUUUGCCAAAGCCUGUCCACGUUCUCUCGUCGGCAGCUCGUGUUCAAGCGCUCCCUCCCUCUAAGCCUCUCUCUAUCUCUUCCUCCUUCGUUUCCAUUGGACUGUUGGGAUUUUGUGUCAGAUUUGAUGACGCGGGCUUAUAGACG